GUCUUGUUUCACCGUCUGCGUUUGGCAUUAAAUCAUGGGGAGGAAGCUGGACCUGUCUGGUCUGACCGAUGAUGAAACAGAGCACGUUCUCCAGGUGGUUCAGCGAGACUUCAAUCUUCGAAAAAAAGAGGAAGAACGGCUAAGCGAGAUGAAGCAGAAGCUGGACGAGGAGGGCAGCAAGUGCAGCAUCCUCUCGAAGCACCAGAAGUUCACGGAACACUGCUGCAUGCGCUGCUGCUCGCCCUUCACCUUCCUCGUCAACACCAAGCGCCGCUGCGGGGACUGCGCGUUCAACGUCUGCAAGAGCUGCUGCUCCUACCAGAAGCUCGAGAAGGUCUGGAUCUGCUGCGUGUGCCAGCAAGCCAGGCUUCUGAGAACCCAGGCUCUGGAAUGGUUCUACAGUAAUGUGAAGAGCCGCUUCAAACGCUUCGGCAGCGCCAAGGUCCUGAAGAACCUGUACAGAAAGCACCGGCUGGAGAGCGGAGCAUGCCUCGACACGCUGGGAGGAAGCUUUUUUGAGACAAACCUGGAGAAUGAAGAAAGUGUUUCAGGCAGUGACUCAACAUUUUAUAGGCAGUCGGAAGGACACAGCAUGAUGGACACAUUGGCUGUUGCCCUACGCGUGGCCGAAGAGGCCAUCGAGGAGGCGAUUUCCAAAGCAGAAGCCUAUGGGGACAGCCUGGACAAGCAGAACGAGGCCAGUUACUUGCGGGACCACAAGGAGGAGCUGACGGAGGAACUGGCCACAACUAUCUUGCAGAAGAUCGUAAGAAAACAGAAGAGCAAGAGUGAGCAGCACAUGGAAGGAGAGCCAGAGUGGCCACAGCCCCGGAGCGGCAGCGCGAAGGCGGCUGGCGAGGGGACCGCCGCCCCCCCAGGAGGCCACCACGCUGCCAGCACCCUCUGGCCUGUGUUCCCACCCACCAGAGAAGGUGCCCUGCCGACCUCGCCCCUGGAGGGCCCGGGCCCGCAGCCCAGGGAGGCGUCGGCGUGGCCCAGCUGGAAGGGCACGGCCCCUCUGGACCAGACAAUUCAGUUCAGCUCUGCCCCCACCUACCUGGAGUUCAUGUCUGAGCCCACAGACCUGGCCCCAGCUUUGCAGAGCCCCGAUGGGAACUGGGUGGCCCUGAAGGACGGCGCUCUGCCCCCCACCCGCCUGCUGGCCAAACCUAAGAGUGGCACAUUUCAGGCCCUGGAGGCUGCCUCCAGCGCGGCCUCCGCCUACGAUGCGAUGGGCCCUGACAGCGAGGAGGACUUUGACUGGAGUGAGGCCUUGAGCAUGCUGUGCCCGCGGCCCCAGGAUCUGCCCAGGAGCGCCCAGCCUCCGCCUACGCAGGCCCAAGUCCCCUCUGCCGCCUCCGCUUCCUCCAGGCUGUCCCCCAACCUGGAGGCCAUGUGUUCCGACUCAGAGACCUCCUCAGCAGGCUCUUCCCGGGAAGCUGGGCGCCGGGCCAGGCUGUCCUGGCUGCAGAGAAAGGCCCCCAGGAACCCUGCCGCUGAAAAGAUGCACCUGCAGGGAGAGCUGGACGUGAACUUCAAUCCCCAGGCAGCCAGCAGGGAGACCUCGGACAGCAGCGAGCCCGAGGAGGCCCCCCACGCUGCAGACCGGCGGGCCAGGAGGUGGAGAAGGGCCCGAGGGGCCUCAGAGGAGCCAAGCAAGGAGCUGUCUUCCCCCAGCGCCCAUGCCCGGGAGCUGAACACCCACCAGGGGGCGAGUGAUGUGUCGGAGACCGACCUCAGCAACGAGACUCGGCACCCGCGCACCUGUGCCAACGCCGCGGAGGAGAAAGUGAGGAACAGGCUGUUCGAGUUAGCGAUGAAAAUGAGCGAGAAGGAGACUUCCUCGGGGGAGGAUCAGGAGUCCGAGCCCAAGACGGAAUCUGAGAACCACAAAGAAAGUCUGUCCUCGGAAGACAACAGCCAGAGCAUCCAGGAGGAGCUGAAGAAGAAGUAUUCUGCUGUUUCUCUCUGCAACAUCUCCACAGAAGUCCUGAAAGUCAUCAAUGCCACGGAGGAGUUGAUAGCAGAGUCGACAGGGCCCUGGGAGUUCCCACCUGUCCCUCCGGACAGAGAGAAGGGGCCAUUUCCUCUUGGGACAGACCAAGUGAGACUGGAUGAGCAGCUGACCUCCCUGGAAGAAAACGUGUACCUGACGGCGGGCACCGUGUACGGACUCGAAGGCCAGCUGACCGAGCUGGAGGAUGCUGCCCGCUGCAUCCACAGUGGCACAGAUGAGACCGAACUGGCAGAGCUGGAGGACCAGGUGGCCACGGCUGCAGCCCAGGUCCACCAUGCUGAGCUCCAGAUUUCAGAUAUCGAGAGCCGGAUUUCAGCCCUGACCAUCGCAGGGUUAAACAUAGCGCCAUGUGUGCGCCUCACGAGGAAACGCGCCCAGAAGCCAAGGAACCAGGUACAAACCAUAGACACAUCAAGACAGCAGAGGAGGAAACUGCCUGCCCCACCAGUGACAGCUGAGAAGACGGAGGCAUCUUCAGCGACCACCACUAAAACAUUCAACCGCAACUUCAUUCUCCAAGGCUCCUCGACAAACCGGACUCGAGACAGCAAAAGCACCACUAAGGACUUGAUGGAGCCCACCCCGGAGUCCGCUGUGAUGUAUUAGCGCCAUGGAACCCCACUGCCAGUGACCCACUGCCUCCGGCCGUACACGACAGUGCCUUGACCCAACAGCCAUUGACUACUGUAUGGAUCUCCACCUGAGGAGAGGGCUGUCCUGAUACCUCACCCAGACAACGGUCCCAGACUUCAGCAUCGCGGUCUUGCCCACUCCCUGCCUUAGGCUCCCAGCAGAAGCCAAGACAGAAAACCACGACGCUGGCUUCCAGCAGCAGAGCUCCACGUCCAAAAGUGCAUCACGUCCCUGUUCGCUUUGCUAUUGUCUCGUCUUUGUGAUCCUUCUUUUUUGAUCCCUUUGAUUCAGCUGGAAUUCCAUAUCAACAAUUUGUCCAAAGAAAAAUGGUUGGGGUUGGAGGGACGGUGGAGGGAAGGGAGAUGGGCAUUAUCAUUUAAUUCAUCAGCGAUUCUUAUUCAUCUCACACAAGCAUCUUUGUCUUGCAGAUGCUAAGGGAGAAGUGAAGGGCCCCAGUAGUGAGCACUAGGGACUGUCAGAACGGGAGGGUGCUCAGCCAUCCAGGAGGAAGGUCUCCCUCCAGCCACCUCCUUCCUGCUAAGCCCUCGCCCAUUAUCCCACCAGCCAUCCCAUUGCUUUGCCGUCACAAGCCCCCGAGUAGAAAGCUCUGACUCACCCAUAUGCCAUGCCCAGGUCCAUCUGCAACAAUGGCUCAUUGAGAAUUUAGGUUCUUCCUUGGGCUUCCGGAGACUUCCCCCACUCUAAGCGGGGAGGGGCUUGAGAAAGCCCACCACCGGCCAAACUGCAGGGCACUGUCCAGAAGCAACGUGGCGUGUUAGCGAGGACUGCAUCUGACCGAGGUUUAGGUCAGUGCAUUAUCGCAGACUACAGCCACAUGGGAAAAUGUCCUCCAAAACGUAUCUCCCAAUAAAUACUCAGCAAAAGUAGUAAAAUGACCUUCAAGACAAAAAUAGUUAAGGAAUAGCCAGAAAACCUACAGGACAAACUGUGAAUUUAAUGGACACAAGAGUUGAUACUAACUCCAUGUGUCCGGUUUCAAAUGCAUGACUAUGUAGACUGUGUUUAUAAAAGCAGAUGGAACUGGAAUUUCCAGAAUUUGAUGCUGCUGCUCGUAGGAUCUGAAUCUGAGGAAGAAGGCAAAGCUGGGAGGCAAGGGAAUAGUACGAUUGAUGUUUAUCAUUCUUCUCAUUUCAUCCUUAGAGCAACCCUAUUCAGCAGGCACCGCCAUUUUUCAGAUUUGGAAACUGAGGGCCAGAGAGAUUAAUUUGCCAAAGUCACACCUGUCAGCCAAGUGUGAUUGGAAUGCCUCGCCAAAGCCCGUGUGUUUCAACUUCUGUGUUCCGCCGCCGCCGCACGUUCCCAGACCUGGCGUGCCGUUGCCAUGUGCGCUGUGAUGCGUUACUGACGGGGGUCUAACUGUCUCCCGAUAACACUUCUUGCCGAUGCUGUGUAUGUCUUAUCCAACAGAAAUGAUGCCUUCGGAAUGGAGUACAUCUUUGGGUUUUUGUUCUGUUGGUAGAAUUCAAAGCAAACAAAUUUGAAAAACACAACAAAAAAAGAUCUGAGUUCCAAAGAGAACUUUUUUUUUUUAAGAGGCAUGAAAAGCAACUACUGUUGUGUGUUACAGUGUUAAAAUAUUCAGUUUUCCUGGACAAAAAUGUGUACUGUGUGAGCCUUGCAAAAAAAAAUCAAGAAAAGCAGCAGCAGCCUGCUCUAUGGCAUUUGCAUUUUUAUAAAGGUUUCCUUGUGCCAAAAACGUGCAAAGAUUUAAUUUACUAUUUAAAACCAUGCGCAUAUGUUAUAGUUCCAGAAGAAUUAUUUUGUCAUCAAGUGAUUUUG